UCCCCCAAGCAGCAAUUAUCUGCUGAGCUUGAGAGUGUCACUCAAUUUCUCAGAGACUUACAAACAACCAUAUAUGAUAUAUCACAAACUGACCGAGAACAAGUCAAGUCCCAGAGAGCACGUGGCGAACGACCAGAGCCUUGCCCAGUGCGCGCCGUACGGGCACUCAGGAGAUUAAAUGUAUGAGCCCUCCUCAUCGCCUGAGUAGCACGAGAACUGUUUGUAGACCUGGUUUUGACCUGUUGAAGAUCACCUCUUCAAUUCAAUCAAUCUUUGUGUUUGUCGUUCAUUUGAGAGCUGGAACGACGUCUCCAUGCUGCUGCUAGAACUUGCACUUCUCAACUCGUUUCUCGUGGCUCGAUGACCCUUUUGGUUCCAGAUUAUUCGCAAGUCCUAGUGUCCAUGGAAAGAGUUAUCUGCAGGUAAGAACACGCCGAAGAAUCGUUCUUGCCUAAAGGCACAAUAACCCUGGGCUUGGGAGAUCGAACGGCCGUAACGCCUUCAACAACUCCACGGAGACAAGACUUUAUGUCAGACGUGAUGAAGAAAGGUGUCCGUCCUCGUAGAAGUCCCGAUUUGAGGCGUACGGUGAUGGGAGGCGCUUCGAGCAAGCAGAUCGACUCCCGCAAGGGCAAGGGCAGAAGCGACGACCAAAGCAUCCAAGAAGUCUCUGGACAUCGUGACGGGGCCAUCCAGUCCGUCCAGACGCUGCGCGCGCAUUUCCACGAUGUGUGCAGUCACCCGGGCUGCCAGGAGACGGUUCCACCCUUGACAUAUGAUAAAAUAUUUGAUGCAUGGCUGUCCGGAUCGCAAACUAUCCCACCAACAAGUCAAUUCUCCGUAUGGUGCUGCAGGCAUGGCCAUUCCACUUGUGUUGGAUGUGGCAGUAGACCUACUCUCAGCUCAGAGAGCUUUUUCACGCCGUUGGGAGUCGUAAACCACUGCUGCAAUGACGGAAGGCUUUUCGCCGUUUGGUUUCUUUUAGCGCAAUUCGACACAAUGAGCAUCGAGUCACAAUUCAAUAAGGAGACGAAUAACAAGCGCGAGAAAUCGAGGUCGAAGCCGAAGCAAAAGGCGAAAGCUAAGGCACCCGUGCCUGGGGUAGGCUAUGGCACGGAUUUUGGAGGUAUGGAUAGUUGGUCUGAUGAAGAAAUGUUUAUACAUGGACACAUGGCACACACAAUGUUCGCAGGACAUCCUGCUGCUGCGUCAUCCCUUGCAGACAGAGAUGAAGAUAUACUUGAUGAGAAUGACUCCCAAGACUAUCUUUUAGCGGACACGGUCAAGAUUCUUGGUACUUGUUUGCCCUCUGUGGACUCGGAUACUACGAUUGAGCUUGACAUGUUUCGACUCGGUACGCUUUUCGACAAGAUCAUACAGUUGAUUCGGAAUGACUCUAUAGUAGAUAUUACCGAGCGCCUCGACGUCUAUCAGGCAACAGCUGGAUUUAUCACCAAGAUUGCAAGCCACCCCGGACUUGUUCAGCUCCUUCUUGAAGAGCGACCAAAUAAGGCCAAUACUCCUGGCUUAGGUGAACUCAGCAAGGGGUCGUAUUUACCCACCGAAGGCUUUAACAAUGGGUCAACAUCAAAACCUCUGAUCGCUUCUUAUGGUGAUACCUUCCUCCAAGCGAAAACCUUUCUUGACAUGUCCCAGAACCCGAAGGCAACAAUGCAAGCAAAGGAAAGUUGGCGAAGCAAGGAAUCAAACAAGCUCCUGCAAGAACUGGUUCGAUGCUUUGAAGCUCUAGAUGUAAUCGCUUCUAGUGUUGUUGCCCCUGUCACCGAGCCAUCUAUGCAAGAGGCUUGGGUCAAAUUUGCGGAAGACAAUAGAGUUACCUUUACAGAUGACGUACUCUUGCGACAUCGCUACACGGACAACUUCAAAGCUUUGCAAACGUCCAACCGAGGCCGGCUGACCACGAUCAGCAAGGAGAUUGCCACAUUAAAGACUUCACUACCUACCGGAAUAUUCCUUAAGGUUGCCGAGUCUCGGUCAGAUGUCAUGAAAGUCCUUAUCAUUGGGUCAGAAGGCUCACCCUAUGCCGGAGGCCUCUUCAUAUUCGAUAUAUUCCUUGAUGAGCGGUAUCCAGCGACACCUCCGAAGAUGACUUUCACUUUACAUGGCAAUGACGAGGAUGGUGAAUCGUUCAAUCCUAACCUUCAUAUCCAUUCAGGAACUGUCUGCUUGUCCCUCCUCAAUACAUGGCCUGGCGACCCUUCUCAAGCUUGGCAGCCUUACAAGAGUACAAUCCUCUCUGUCCUAGUUAGCAUUCAAGCCAUGAUUUUGGGUGCACCGAUGCCGUGGGAAAAUGAACCAGGCUUUGAGGGUACUGGCCCAACUUCUAGGAACUUGGCACACAAAGCUCGUGUCCAAUCUAGAACUCUUAGAUUCGCUAUGAUUGCGUGGCUGGAGAAUAGAUUCGCGGACCCACAGGCAAAGGAACACAUUUGGAAAGAGAUCAGUCAAACAUAUUGGCAGCACAACGGCUUGAAAGUGCUUGAAUAUGUCAGGGAAUGGGUUUCGGAAAAUCCGGGGUUACUGAACUUUGGGCCAACUGAUUAUUGGCUGCGCCAUAUCAAGGGAAUAAAUCCAAGGUUACCACCGGGAGCUGCGCAAAACAAUCUGGCCGAAAAACUGACAGUCCUUCUCGGGGUUUCAUAUGUUCCAGCGGCAUUUCCAACCGUCGAAAUUCAGGUGAAGCAGCAGCGACCGAAACGCAAGUCAUCGACUUCCAAAGACCCCACCGGAUCAAGCAAGAAAGUCAAGGGCCCAGGAACAGUACCAGCCCACUUCAAGUGGAUCUAUGCACGCGACAAGUCGCAAAAGAUGGUUAAGAAGGCCUGCAAGGAGUUUGGUAUUGGAUAUGCCAACACAAUCAAAGCUAGCAUUGAGAAACUCGAAAAUCACGUCAAUAGCGACAUGGAGGAUAUUGAUGAUGAUUUAAUUGAUAAUUGGGGCGAGCUGGUACUGGAUUCUACACAAUCUUUGAGCUCCCAACCAGAUCACGAGGGUGAUUACAUGGAGUCAAUGAAGUGGCAAACGGAGGUACAGGCCAUGGUUGGCAAUUCCCAGAUGGCUGCUGGAACAUUCUCUGGUCUGCCGACGCUACCACAUCCAUUCUCACAGAGCAAUCUCGAGUACGGAGCUAUCUCGAGUGACACGCAAAGUCUUGCGCCACUUCUACCCCACCAAACCAGCCACUUCUUAGCUGCUCAUACUGCCCAAGCGAGCGGCAGCAACACGCCUAAGCUCUUCAACAAGAAAUUUGGCUCAGCAAAUGGACCUUCUACCCCGCCUAUGGCGAGUUACUCAGGACCUAAAUUUCACUUCAAGUCUAACAAGCAACACCAAGCACAGACCAAAGGAAAUGGUACAUCCAUGGAUGAUGCGGUUGCUCUCGACGAUAAUUAAGUGUUAUUGGAGUGAUAGAAGGCUGAUAGGAAGUUAGGUUUGGGAUUCAAAUGUGGGCGGUAGGAAGUCGAGGAUUUCAUUCAUGCCUAGGGCAAAGGAGCUACUAAGGUUAUUCUAUGAUUUUACGAGCAUUGAGAGGUAUAUCGUGUGGUUUUGCGGGUGCAUUCUCAGCGAAGGAGCUAAUGGGUUGUUUUUUGUCUUUAAAUACCCUGGCAUACUUGUUAUGAUGACAUGACUUCUCACUUGAUCUCGCUGUGUAUGUGACAGCAACUGCACGCUCUCAUACUGGAGAAGAGAGCUGCAAUAUCUGCCAGAGUGCACUGAAGUCUUAGCAGAACACCCAAGCCUCUAGUCGAGGAAUUUGCUAUGAUACAAUUCCAAACUGGAAAAAUGGUCUCGUCAUCCCAAGUCAUCUAACGUCUUUCAGUGAACCAAUUUUCGAUUUCCG